AUGGCAAAUUCACGCAUAGCAAAGUUCAUCACUGAGGCUGCACCACCACAAUAUAUUAAUGUCAUCAGGCACAGAGCAUCAAAAAUGCUGGAUACAAUUAGCGAAGAGGACAGAGAUGUAGUUGGAAGUGAUUCUUCUCUCAAGUCACCAACUUCUUCUACCAAUGUUACUGCUAGUGCUACGUCUGUUGCUGCUACUAAUUCCUCGUACUUUCUCAAAGGGAUUCGAAGAUCUUUUUCAGUCUUUGAAAACUGA